UCCGCACCGAGACUGCUUGGCGGGCAUAACUACCUCGGCGUAUACCUUUCACCAGCUCCCCGCCUUCACCCGCCGACUGGUCCGCCAACCCUUACUACACCACACACAGAGAUCUACGAAAGGAGCAAAGAAAAACAUAGACAGGAUGCCCAAACGUCGGCUUGCGCCUUGGGCGGCGGCUUCGCUUGCUGCCGUACGUACGGCCGCCUCGGCGGUGUCAAUGAAUGAGCUGUUCCUGCGGCAGUCGUCUUGCCUCCCGAACUUCGACCAGUGCAAGGACGCCGAUUUCCCGCCUUACUUCUGCUGUCCCUCCGGCCAGACAUGCAACGCCCUCGCCGGUAACACCACGGUCCUCUGCUGCCCGAACGGCGCCAACUGCCAGCGAAUCGAGCCGCUACCGUGCGACAUCUCGCUGCAGGACGGCCAGAAGUACCCCGACGCUGUGGUGAAGACGACCGCGCUUGGCGGCACCCUGGAGCCUUGCGGUGGUCAGUGCUGUCCGUUUGGGUACUCGUGCUCAGCGAACAAUCAGUGCGUCAUGAACAAGGAUCAGAGUCAGCCGCCGGCACAAACGACCACGGCAAAACCACAACCUACCAGCACUGGCGGUGCCGGGUCGAAUCCGACGGCAGGCGCCACGGGUGCAUCAGGUGCCUCUGCUGAUCAAGCCAGUGGCUCCAGCAGCGGACCGCCCGUCGCAGCCAUUGCUGGUGGGGUGACUGCUGGAGUUGUCGCCCUUAUCGCCGCCGCCCUGAUCGCCUUCAUCUUGUAUCGGAGGAGGAAGGCGAGGGAGAUGAACAGCCCUCCAAAGCUAUCACGCUCGACGUCCUCCUUCGGAAACCUGAUCAGCAACCCGAUCAUUGUGGAACACACCACACUCCGAACCGACUUUGCCCGGGCGCGCGAUUCCGGCGCAGACCCCGGGUCUGUCACGGGAGCUUUUCUAAACUCCUCUGCGAACUCGCCCGAUUCCGGAGCAAUGCCGGCAGUCCCGGCGGCGGCGGCGCAGAGGCCCCGGCGGCAGAGCAGCGUGGCAUACGGCUAUGGAGGACUGGAGCCAGCACCGUUUGAGCCGUCACCCUUCGAUGAGGCGCAGUAUUUCGAUCACGACGGCAGAACGAUGCCACAGACCCCACGGCAGGAGCACCGUGAGCCCAGCUCGGUGAGCAUCAACGUGUUUGCCGACCCCAACGACCCCAACAUGACGCCGGACCGAACGCCGGAGAGCAACACAGAUCGACGGUACUCCAACAUGACCACCUUUACGCAGAUGCUGGGUCGCGCCGGCCUGGAUGGCGUGGCACGCGGCGAGUCCUACGUGCCGCCUCAGCCGGGCUACGGGCAGGGCUCUCCGACGGCCAGGAGGUGACGCCCCUUGAUGGGGCGCACUGUGGACCAGAGAGGGGUAUCUAACGGAUGUCGCUGAUUUCCUACCCCCUACAUAAUUAAUAUUCUCAUGAACACGGGAGCAUAUUUCAUAGGCGCGGCGUUUGGUUGCAUAAGCGAAUGGAGGGACACUCAUUGUGCAUCGUUCACUCGGCAGCAGCAUCGCCUGUCGAGGGGGCGUAUAAAAGGAACGGGACAUGAUACACCUGCUUGUUAGACUGCCAACACAUUUUCAGGUUUUCAUGCUGUAUAUAUUUUAGUCGCAAUCAACGCGAACA